GGAAGUGAAUCCGGCCGGGCCGGCGCGGUGCAACUGCCUUGGGUAGCCAUGGCAACCGCAGAGCCGCGGCCCUGGUUGCCUGGGCCCGGCGUUCGCGCUGAGGCCCCGCACCGGAGCGGGGUGUAAGCAGACUCCGCUCCGGGGAUGGCCAUGGCUGGGCCUGCAAUACGGAUCGGCGACCAGCUCAUUCUGGAAGAGGACUACGAUGAAACCUACAUCCCCAGCGAGCAAGAAAUCAAUGAGUUUGCUCGAGUGAUUGGGAUCGACCCGGAGGUCGAGCCAGAGCUGAUGUGGCUGGCCCGAGAAGGCAUUGUGGCCCCUUUGCCCUCUGAAUGGAAACCUUGCCAAGAUAUCACAGGGGACAUCUAUUACUUCAACUUUGCCAAUGGUCAGUCAACGUGGGAACAUCCAUGUGAUGAGCGCUACCGACAGCUUGUGAUCCAGGAGAGGGAGAAGCUCCUGGAUCAGGGAGGUCUCAAGAAGAAAGAGAAGAAGAAGAAAAAGGAGAAGAAAGAGAAGAAAGAGAAAAAAGAGAAAGACCUGCUGAAACAUCCAGUUGAGACGCAGUCAGAGCCGGGGAUUCUUCCUUCAACAUCCUUUUAUAGAGUGUCAUCCCCUGUCCUGUCAUCAGGCCACGCAAGUCCUGAGCUGGAGCAGCAGGGCAGCUUCAUGACAAGGAAUGAACUCUUCCUGAAGAACCGCAAAGGAAAGGCUUCAGGGAUGUCUCCUGAUCCAAGUGACCCACCCCGGCUACACUCGGGUCCUGUCCCUAGUAAGCUGCAACCUAUUCUGCCAGCCAAGUCAACCCCACGGACUCGCCAGAUCCUGGCAGACGUGGAGAAGAUUCUUGGAAGCUCAUCUUCUAGCAAACCAGAUCAGUCAUGCCAAGAUGUAACAGCAGAAAUCAGAAGUACAGCUGCUUGUGUUUUUUCAGAUUCAGAACCUGAUUUAGAUGGCUCCAAGAUUGCUGUGCCACUUUUCCAAGCACUGAAGGAACCCACUGAUGAUGGGGCUGUGCUGGCCCUGGAGACACCGAAGUCUCCAGGACCUAUACUAGCCCCAGUCCAGUCUCCCCUGGGGAGCCUUGCUCCAUUACGUGGGUUUGUGGAUGCUCCAGUCAGUGCACCCUGCAACUUACACAAUACAAAUGGGAGAAGUGCCGUGGAACCGAAGGCACCAGCACAUACAAUGCUUGGCAGUUGCAAGAAAAGUCUCUUUCAAUCUGUGGACGAAGAAGAGGAAGCAUCUUUAAACCAGCUGACUCCUAAUGGGGCAGAAAAGGAAGAUUGCAGCAAUGAGAGUCCUCGUGGGACAGGUGGGCUUCUCAAGAACCUGCAUAUGGAUGUUAGUGCCCUUGGUGCCAGCUUUGACAAUGAGGUUUCUGAAGGCAGCAAUCCAAUGAAGGAAUGGCAGGUUUCUGACCACUUGGACCCUGAGCCGCAUAGCGUUGUGAGCCCAAGCUUUGAAAACAUCAUGGAUGUGUUGCCUCCAGUCCUGGGAACUCCAAAGUUUGCAGUGAGCAGAGCCAUGGUUGAAAGCACUUGGAAGGAACAGACUAAUGACUGGUCAGGACAGGAGAAGGACCAAAGCAAAGGCAGCCUAGCAGAGGAGAAAAGCCAAGGAUCAGCUAAGAGGGAGAGGAGCAAAAGCUGCCCGAGUGGUUCUGAAGGGUCUGAAAAGAAGGCAGUCUCGGUAGGGUCUGGCACCUUGGAAACGAAGAUGAGAGUUGAGCACCGGCUGGUGAACCUGAAUGAGCGAGACCCAUCCUGCAAAGAGAAUUUUGAGGCUGAGGGUAAGCAAAUGUCCUGGGAAAAGCAUGCUGGGGAUUCCCUUGAGGAAAUAACCAAAGCGCAUCACACUUUGCUGGAACAAGCAAAAAUACAUUUGCUGCAAGAAAAAGAGACGCGAAUGCAGCAGCUGCAGGAAGAACUACAGCAAGAAGAGGAGCAGGAGAUCCAGAUGCUCCAUCAGCAGAAAAAGGAUGCCCUCCAAUCAUUAAAAGCUGAGUUGGAGGCUGCUAGGCAGAAAGAGGAGGAGCGCUUGAGGAAGGAGCUGCAAGACGAACUUCUGAAACUCCAAAGCCAGAUCCAUUCUGAAGCAGAGGCAGAGAAGGCGAAGAUCAGGCUGGCCCAGGAGGCUGCUCUGCAGAAGCUCAGAGAGGAGCUGGAAUCCUUUCAGCAGUCUGAAGAGGAUGAACUGAAGGCGCAGAAGCAGCUUUCUCUGGAAAGGGUGAAGAAGGAAGCAGAAGCUGUUGAGCAGGCAGAACAAGUGGAACUGGAGCAGGAGAUCAAAAGAACCUUCAACGAGCUGAAGAAGAGGCUGGUCAAAGAAAAUGAAAUGGCUAUGCAGGAACUAAAGGAACAGUUUGCAGAAGAGAUUCAGCUGCAGAAAUCUGCAGCAAAAGAAGAACACGAAAAGGUUGUCUCAGCUCUCCAGAUGCAGAUAGCAGAAGCCCAUAAAAGGGAGGAGGCAGAAUUACAGAAGCAAUUGGAGAGUGCAGAGCAAAAUGUUCAGCAGAAGAGGAAUCAGGUGGCUGAGUAUGAGCGCGAGCUUAGUGACCUCCUGAAGGAGAAGCGCCAGGAAGUUGAGCGCAACCAUGCGAGGCAGCUGGAAAAGAUGCAAGAGGCACACAGGGAAACCAUAGCCGAGAUCCAGGCACAAAACGAGGAUGAGGAGAGGAAGCAGAGGACUGAGCUGCUGGCAACCCUGCAAAGUGAGCAGGAGCGUUUGGAGCUGCACCAUAAAGCAGAGCUCGAUGCCUUGCAGAAAAAGCAGGCCGAACAAUUGAAGGACUUGCACAAGAGUCAUUUGGACCAGGAGCAAAAGAUCCAGAGCAUGAAAUCAGAACUGGAGCUCCAAGCCAAGGAUAUGGAGGCAAGACUCUCUCAGCUCCAUGCCCAGGAGGAGAUCCUGAGGAAGAAAAGGCAGCAGGUGCUGGAGCAAGAAAAGGAGCUGGAGCAAGAAAGAAAUGAAGCAGCUUUGGCAGCUCAGCGCCGCCUCGAGGAAUCCCAAAAAGAGCAGGAGGAUCUUGCGGAGACAACACGGCAGCUGCGUAGGGAUCUGGUGGAGCUUCAGGACCAGAAAUCGGAGCUGGAAUCCCAGGUGGAGAUGCUACAGCUACAGAGUCAGCAGCUGCAGAAGAGGGUCAGUGAGCUGGAGACAGCCAUCGAGAGCAGGCAAGAGCUGCUGAAUAAGGUGGAGGUGGAAAGCAGCAAGACGUCUCCAGAGAAAAAGGAGGAAGCCCUCCGGGUUGAGGACCUGAAAGAGAGUGCCCAAGCGCCCUCCCCUGGAGAGAUGUCGACUUCAAAGGGCAAUGAAGAAAGGAGUGUCCUCCUGGAACAGGUGCAGCGCACCGUUUUUGCCGAAGGAGCUACCUUGAAGACAGCCAAGGAGUUCUUGGUGCGCAAUACCCGCUCCAUGCACAGAAGGCAAACUGCCUUGAGAGCAGCAAAGCAACAUUGGCCUUGCGACCCGCAGAAGGCACCAGGGACCGCUCAAGACUUUGGACGCUUCCAGCGGCUGGAUGGUGUGCGCAAGAGCCUGGAAACGGAAGAGAAGACGCUGGAUGAGAUGAACACCACCAUGCAGAAGGGGAAAGGGCUGGUGAAGCAGACCGAGGAAGUGCUCAGCCAGCUGAUGUCCUCGCUGGAAGAGCUCUCUGAUGAAGAUACACUGAAGGGAAUGGCCUGCAAGAAGGUGGUGACCUUUGAUGUCACUGACUCGGAGGACACCAGCGGUGUGAUGAACACGGAUGAACCUCUCCGCAAAGUCGCUGACAUGAAACCGGACCACCAGUUCCUUCCCUUUGAUGAGAUCCAGUACCUGGCCAACUCGCUGCAGCGCCUCACCAGUGACCUGAUGGUUGUCCUCCAGCACCUGAGUUCCUUCUGCAACCAGCCGCUUCCCCUCUUCACUUCCACCCAGGGUCCCACCUCCACAUUGCCUAGAGAUAGAGUUCCCAUAGCUACCUGUAACCCUCUGGCAGAUUCCCAUUCUGCCACACCGUCUGUACCCAACACUCUCCCCCAGUGGGUCUGGGCUGGCUCAGGUCCCAGCCCCUCUGCUCCGGCAGGCCAGUCAGUGGACGCCAUGCUGAUGGAAAAGUGGCGCAAGUAUUUCCCAGGCAGGUUCCCUCUGUCCUCUGGAAGUCCUGGACCUCUGGAUGGCACGCUGGGCUACGUGUCACCUGGCGAGCAAGUCCGCCUGCUCCAGCGCCGUGGGGCGGAGAAGCCGAACAUCCAGAGCAUGAUUGAAGCCAACAAGAAAUGGCUAGAAAGCUUCAAGCAGGAUUCCAGAGUCCCUCUCCUGCCAAGUCCCUCAAAGCCCUUGACCAGCAGCCCUGGUUUGCUGCAGCUCAGACUGGACAAGAGCAACCGACUCGAGGUCUACAACUUCUGAACCACUGGGCGAAGUCCAGCUGAAAGGCAGUUCCCAGCAGCAAAGACUUGGGAGUUCUCCCUGCUUGACAAUACAUGGCAUUUCCCCUGUACCUGGCAGCCUCAUUGCCUGCUUUCUUGAGCCGUGUCCGGGCCAUCGAGCCUGGCUCUUUGAAGAGAAGGGCAGCUGCAGGAGAUUUGCCUGGUCCAAAUGCACAAGACAGGCCAUGAAUUCAGUGGGGGAAACAAUCAAAGCAUUAUUAACCAGUAGCUUUCUGGUUGGUCUUCUGUUAACCCAAGGAAGUGCCCGGGAGGUGAAAUCACUUUCCUUGAGGGAAGGAGGUGAUAAUUUCUCAGAGGAGGACAGUGCCUGAGAGCAUGAACAGCAAAAUGGCAAAAGCUUGAAGCCUUGAGCUGCUUUGCCUGUGCUGCUGCUGCCGCCUCUCCCAGUCCUGAAUGCAACAGUGUCUUCUGGCUAUUGGCUUCUAUUCCAAAAGAUUUUUAUCUGAAGCAAGUCUUGUCUUCCAAAGCUGCAACACACACACACACACACACACUCACACACAGCCAGCCAGCCCAGAUAUCCUACUUCGGGCUUGGGUGAGCAGUUUGCAACUCUUAUGAGGGUGGAGAGCAGCGGAUGCUGAAGCAGGCAAGAAGAGCUGGUUGCACUUGAAUUUCCUAGUUUGCCGAAUCUUCCAGUUUUCAUUGGGUCUCGCAGGCUCCCUUCCCUGCUCAGGUUAUCUAGCUUUCCAAGCAGCAGAGCUAGCUGGGCAAAUGCUCCUGAGGCUCUCCUGCAGGGGCUCUCCUGUAUUCCCAGCUGGUGCCAGAGCCACAUGUGCUUGUGCUGGAGCCACAAAAUCAGGUGGGCAGCGGCCACAUGUGAACUCCAGUGUACCUACUGAAAGUAGUGGAAGCUCUUUGCCGAAGCUUCCUCCGGAAAAUUUAAUCCUGUGUGUGUCCCUCAUUUUUUUUAGGCCAGAUGUCUGGCUGCUGUCUUACUUUUGAGGUUCCAGCUGGCUCUGGCUUUUAAGGCACAAAGAGGGCAGCAUGCCCCUAGAGCGGGUGCUUCAGCAACACCCACGCUCAGCAUGCCCAGGGGCUCCUCUCCAUUCUCUUCCCUCCGUUCCUGACAUUUCUCCAUGCAGAUCUCUGCUGCGAGUUGUCCUGCUGCUCUCCUAUGGUUCCUUCACAGCACCUUAUAGCUUUAUGAGGGUCCCCUUCUGGAGUGUACCCAGGCAAUAGAAAGGGCUUACAUCCUUGUCUUGUGUCAAAGUGUGUGUUAUGGCAAGAGAACUGGUGUAGGCCGUCAGCUGCUGGCUGUAUUUUGUAUACCAAUUAAAUGGACGCUUGUACAUC